UAAUCAUGAGCUAAUAGGCUGCGGGUGAGUGUCUUAGACAGAAGGAGGGUGCGUGCCCAAGGCCUGUGGCCAGAGGAGGCCUGCACGUUCCAGGGUGGGGGUGGGGGAGGCCCCCACGGCAGCCUUGUCCUAAGAGCAAAGGGCACCAUGGGGCAGGUUAGGCAGAGGGGUGAAUGGCCUUAUUUGGGCUGAAAAGACCGUAGGUGGAGUCAGGAGGUGAGGGUCAGCCGGAGGACAGAAGCCGAGGCCAGGAUGGGGUGGCCGGCCAGGGACCCGGUGAGGACUGGGAUCUGAGGCCCAGAACAGCCGAGCUGGCGGUGCUAGGUGUCAGCUCCAGGAACAGAGGGACCACUGCGGACCAGGGGGUCCCCGCUGGCUGGUGUCUGAGCACCUGAGUCCCGGCUGGGAGGAGUGUGGGCUGCGGUCAGGGAUCCGAGGAAAGAUCUAGGCCCCACAGAAGGGCCACUAGAACAAGGGAGGCUGUGGAGAGAGGCCGAGAGAGGUGGCCAAGACGUGAGUCCCAGAGGUCCCAGAGAGGGGGACCGGGCAGAAAGGCACGUGGGCCAAGGACUCGAGGGGGCAGUGGGUGCACAUGGCCAGGAGGCGGCCCUGUGCAGGGAAGGGUGAGCAGUGGCGGAGCCGUUCCUGCGGUCACCGGGAGCGCGCCCCGAGGGGCUCAGUGUCCUGGGAGCGCUGAUGGCCCUGUCUGUGAGGCCCUUAGAGCCUGGGGCCCUUCCUGGCAGAGCCGGGUGGCAGGCAGCUGUUGGCGGGGCUCUGCCGUGGUCUGGGACAGAGCUGUGGCACCUGCCCAGGGUGGGGUCAGGAUGGCACCUUGGGCCCUCUUGGCCUCUUGGGCUAGGGUUUUGGGGGGCGGGUGCUUUUUGGGGUGACAUGGCUGUCCCCUCCGCGGCGCCGGCGGGCCACUCCGGGACUAGACCUCGUGCCUCACUGAGCGUCACUGAGUGUCCUCGGGCUUAGCCUCACCCUCGCCUGUGGCUGCCGUCCCAAAUGGCCACGCGGUAGCCGCUGGAAAGAACAGGAGUUUAUCCUCACAGUUCUGGGGUCCGACCCCAAACAAGGUGGCAGCGGGGCUGUGCUCCCUCUGGAGGCUCCGGGGGAGGACCCGUCUAGCUCCCGGGGACUCCCAGGGCCCUGGGCUUGUGACCGCAUCACCUCAGCCUCUGCUUCUGUGGUCACACGGCAUCUCCUCCUCCUCAACGUCCUGCAGGGACCUCAGGAUGACCACGUAGGUGACCCAGCGUGGCCACAUCCUGGUGUCCCAGCGCACACACACCUGCAGCAUGUUUCCAGCAAAGAGAUGGUCCCCCGGUCCCGGGGUUGGGGCACCAUUCACCCAGUCUCCUCCCGUCUGGUCAGCAGAUGGGUUAGGGACCCGGGUGUCCACCCUGCACAGGCCCGCCUGCCUCCUCUGCGACGGGCCACCGAGCCUCAGGGCGGGGUCUGCGGACGGUGGGCUGGAGCCCGCUGGGGGUGUGCAGUGAUGGAGGGACUUGCAGCAGAGGAUGUGCCGCCCUGCUGGGAGGCGGUGCCCGUGAGCGAUAGGUCCUGGCAGCACCUUGGGCCACUGGGCCAUUUCUGCUCCACGGUGCUCAUUUCUCCCCGGACCCGGAGCCCCCACCAGGAGAGCCGGCCUGAGCCCUGCCGGCGGAGCUGCCUGGCCUGCCGGGGCUGGGGGCCGAGGUGUCCCGCGCUCCUUGUGGGUUCUCCCUUUUCUCCCUUUUGAAACGGGGUCCUUGAGCGGCACGCCCCAAAAUGGCUUUUCUCUUUCCCAACCCUAAAGGAAAAGGUACUUUGGCUCCUGAAGCUGGUGGCUCCGCUGACUCCCGGCGCUGCUUUCAGGAAACCUCGGUGAAGGUUGUAAUUAUUUUGUUCCCAAAGGAAACACAGGCCUGUAAUUCCGAGACUGCUGUGGGAGCUCAGGCCUCGUCCCACCUCCCAGCCACCAGUGCCAUCCCUGCCGCCGCCUCUGGGCAGGGCCCUGAGUGCCUGGGAGGGCCGGGCGGCCGGGCAGCCCGGCGGGGUACAGGUUGGCGAGGCGGGAGCCAUGGCAGCGCGGUGCCCGGAAAGUCACGGGGCGCUUGGCAGCGGCUCCUCCAGGACAGAGGCAGGACCAGUGUCCGAGCCGUGCCCAGGCCUCGCCAGAGGGACCCGUGAGCAAAGUCGUGGGCGUGGGCGUGGGCGUGUCACACAGGCUCGUGAGUCCCUUCCGUCCGCGCAAGCACUACCAUGUUCGGUGUUGGCGCUGUGGCCCCCGGCAGGCAGCUCCGCGGCUCCCGUGUCGUCUCUGCAGGGGCCGUGCUCUGGGCCCGACGGGAUUCCAGCUCGCGGUGGGCAUCUCCCGCCUGGACCUGGGGUCGGGUCUCCCCCGGGGGGCCCCAAGCUUCCCCGCUGUUUCCGGGCCCUGUGUAGGCUUCGCCGGCAGCAGAUCUGGGAAUCUCUUGAGAACAGACCGUGACUGUGUGACUGAUUCUUCUCAUCCAGAAUUUUUCCUUCUGUAACUUUCACAUUUGCGUUUCUGCCUCUUACGCUGGAAGUCUUGGUUCUUCGUGAAACUCACGUAAUCACAGUUGACCUCUGAACAACGUGGUCGGACCCGCGUGGGUCCACUUGUACACGGGCUUUUUCAAGAAAUGCACGCCGGUACCGUGAAUGUGUGCACAAGUCCAUUUUUCUCUCCCUCUGGUUUUCUUAGUAACGUUUGCUUAGUCCAGCUGACUUGUGAGGGUACAGCGUGUGGCGCGCACAACCCACAGCACACGUGCCUGCGGCCGCGGCCACUCUGGUGCACGGCGGGCUGCUGGUGGUUACGUUUGGGGCCGUCAAAGUUAUGCGUGGAAUUUUGAGCGGGGGGAGGGUCACACUCUCAUCCCCAUUCGAGGGUCAACUGUGUGGACAUUACCGUGUGUGUCGCGUGUUGAGUACUCGGUGAGUGUACGCUGUGUGACGCGUAGGAUGCCAGCCACCUCCACGCAACACGUCACACUUCGUCAUGUCAGAACAGCACUACUGCCGUGUCACCCGUGGGCGAUUAGUGGGGACACGGCAGGCUUUCCUGUGGGUCUUCUUGUCUCUGGGGUCUAGCCCCUCGCGGGCUGAGGGCUCUGUCCGAUGCCUCUUCCAAAGUCAUCAGCAGAUGCUCUGUCUGCUUGUUGGGACCUCAGAACAGCUAGUCCCGUUGAUGUCAAGGUACUUGUCCCUUCUGUAUUCCUGUCUUCUUACAUUCUGGUGUGUGUUCCGUAAUUCUGUGCACAUUUCUGAGGGCCCCACAUCAAGUCGAUGUGACCAGGCCCAUUUGGAGCACCCCACCCGGGCUGCGUGUCGGGUCAGGGCUGGCUGGUGCAUGGGAGCAACAUAAGCAGACGCACAGGUGUGGCCCCUCUCCCCACUGAGGCGGGAACGGUACCCAAGGCCCCUGCGCCUCGAUUUCCCCCGAUUAGUGGGGACACGGCAGGCUUUCCGCACGGAGAAGGUGCUCGUGGCCGCGUGCGGAGACCCCGUCCUUGUCUCGGCAGAGCCCGCCGGCACUCCGUACCUCUCACCAGCACCGUUCUGGACUCUGGGCUGUCCACGCUUUCCUGAGACCAGGCAGGCUGUGAGCUGGAGUGGGAGCAGGUCACCCGGCAGGAAGGUGCCUGCAGGCUUCGGGGGACCUGAGACUCUGACCUGACCCAGUGUUGGGGCUGCAGGCUCCAGGGCAGGGAGGCCCCCGAGAACGCAGUUUUUCCCUGGGUUCUGGCUCGUGGUCCUGGGUCGCCCGCCUCACUCCACACUUGCUGGCCGUCGCCUGUCCCUCAAGGUCAUGGCUGUGUGUCCCCUCCUUGGGAAGUCUCUCCCAGAGCUCCCCAUGCACGGCUGUGCCCGCCAAGCCCCACUCGACUCGCCCACCCCGCACCCUGUUCUGCGUGGGGCCUCCCCAUCCAGUAAGUAAAUUCCUGUGAGUUCACACCCUGGCGGCAGGUGUCCAUGGCCCUGGGGGAUGGGGCUGUGGCACCACAGAUGGGGACACUGGUUCACUCCUGGGCUGUGCUCUGUACUGUGCACCCCGCAUGCCAGGGCCACUGGGUGUCCCCUCUGGGCCUUGGAGACGAGAGCCAACUGCCUGACGUGUCCACGCACACUCAGCAUGGGGACCCGGGAAGAUGUUCUGAGCUAUGGCUGGGGUGGGGAGGCAGCCUGGGAAGAGGGUCUGGGGCAGGGAGACCCAGAGGCAGGCUGGCCUCUCCCUGUGGCAUCUCUGGACUGAGAACCUUGAGCCGGAGGCUCCCAGGCGCCUGGGCCUCUGGACCCAAACAAGGUUUGGGCUGCGUAUCAACCUUCUGGAUGUCCUGGGGAGACUUGACCUUCAACAACAGCCGUCCAGCCCCCCAUUCCAGAGCACCUGCUCCUUCUGAAGCAGGCACUCCCGCGAGUCGUCCGCUUCCUCUGGGCAUGACUGGCCUUGAGUCUGAAGGCCUCCCGUUGCGGUCUCUGAAUUUCGGGGCGGAGACAGGGAUGCACCCCACUUCCUGGCCUGGGGUCCCCUCUGCCUGGGCCAGGGUCUGCGAUGCAGCAUGGGUGUAUGUGGCUACAAGAGCCAUGGGGACCCAGCAGGGGAUGUAGGGCCUGGUCCUGUAGAGCGGGGUGCCCGGGCCAUGGCCAAGGUCUCAGAAGAGUUGAGGGUGUGGCCGUGCUUGGCCAAGAGCCCAGCUGGAGGGACAGGGCCAAGCGGCAGAUCUGUGCGUGGCUCGUGGAAGGCCACGUGCUGGGGGGCUCUUGGGGCUGGACAUGUGGUCACUGGUCCAAGAUGUACAGCAGACACUGAUGAGGGAUGGCGUCACAUGUGCUGGGUGCCUCUCUGGUUCCUGGGGACUCUGCACACACUCCGCAAGGAUGGCGGACGUGGUCGAUGCCCGGCCGGCGGCCGUAGGCCUUUGCCUAGCUCUGUCUGCAGUGUCUGUGGGUUCACACUCCUAGCGUGGCCGUGGCUCCCACCCCGCUGUGGGCAGAAGGCUGUGGUCGGGGAUGCAGGCCGCCUUCAUUCUGGUCUUCAGCGUGGAGAGCAGCACGUCGGGUCAUUGUUCUGGGGCCUGGGUGCUGGCUGGCUGGCACCACGCUUCCUGCCCUGUGCCCCCAUGGGACAGCCCUCCUGGUUACUCCCGUCUGCUCGGCGAGCCUCACCUGAGGACCCAGCCAGGCAAACAGAGCGGCCUGCACCGACCUUAACUGUGGGGCCCGUGGUGGUGGCCUCAGGGCCCUGUGGGCGACGCAGCUUCUGUGCGGUCUGCUGGGGCCAUGAGGGGCAGACGGGGGGAGGGGGAUCAGAGCGCUUGCGUGGCGAAUACAGGAGCCGAGCCCUGCCCGGAGACCCCAGGGCAGCCUGUCGUCCCCAGAGCAGGUGGGGCGGCCUGCUGGCCAAUAGGGCGUCCCUGCCCGGGAAGUCCCAGGAAAAACGAGCUCUUCUUGGUGCGUUUGCCCAGCCGGGCCUGUGUAGUGACCUUACCUUUCCCAUUGUUUCCGAGUUGGGUGGGGUAGGAGGGACAGCGGGGGCUGGGGUGCUCUGGGGCGGGGUCCGGGCUAGCGGGUGCGGGAGGGAAAAAGAGAGUUGGCCACGGUCCUACUUAUGCUUGGGGGCGGUGGCGGGGGCUCCUGGCUGGUCAGUGACUGCGGAGUGGGGGACCUGCCUGACCGUCUCCAGAUUUCCAGGAACACCUACUCUUCUCCUGGAGGCCCCGCCAGCCCGGAGGGCUUCCAGGAGCCGCUGGCCGCCCCCGGCACACCCCCAGCGACAAGCAGCCUCCUCGGGUCACUGGAAUCCGUGUUUCUCUUGCCGGGAGACGGGGUGCCCUGGCUGCCUCCCCUCGGGUCGACUGUGCGUUUUUCUAGGGAGGGCGGCUGAUGGGUGUGCCGGACAUGCCCAGAGAUCGGUUGUGGAAGGGGCGUGGGCAGUUUUAAUGACUCCGGGGGCUGAGUGGCAUGGUGCCUGCUGGCCUUUGGUGGGAGACCCUGGAACACUCAGUGGAAAGGGGUGGCCAUGGCAUUCUGGUGGCGCUCGCCCCUUGCCCCCCAGGAGCUCCCCCGGGACGGGCGUGACCUGCCCCGACCCCGACGCCUCUCCUCAUCCGCCCUGACCGCUUCUCCUCGGAGCUCCACCCCCGGGGUUGUGGAUGGGUCGCAGAGCUGGAGCUGCCCGACCCCAGCUGGACCCUCCGGGAGCGGGAACAGCCUGCGGGAGGGGUCCCAGCUGCUCCCCUGCAGGGAGAGGUAAAGUGUUGGUGGGAUCAGGAACGGCCGCGGUCCGGAGAG